CUCAAAACUAAAUGAAAUUCUUGAAAGCAUCCCAAAAUGCAGAAGAAACAGGUACUGCAACAACAUGUUUUGUUAUAUUAAAGCUAGGGUGAACACCGUGUUUUUUAAACGAUUUCAGCAGCAUAUCCCGUUGCCUGUUGUGUAUUUUUCUUCUCUUUUAAUUUUAACACAACUUUGAAAAUCGUAGUUUAUAAAGUCGCGAUUCGUGCCGCCAUUUUGUUUAUUUAUGUACGUAGCCGGUCGGGGCGAGCAACAAUUUUUCACUUGUUGCCCAGCGGGAUGCAUUGCAUUUGUCCAAAGCCACGUCAUUUGUCCAUCAGCCAUGUUUGGCAAUAAAAAGUUAGGCAAUCAUGUUUGGCAAUAAAAAGUUAGUUUGUCUCAUUCAAAAGAACUCUUAAAAUUAUAUAUUAAACUCUAUUACCGAUUUGUCAUAUCUUGCUUAGUUCUCGAAAUAUUGAGACCGAAAUUAAUGAGCUGUUCGCCAUCUUGGACUAUAACUCUUGACCUCAUUAACUAUGGUUUUGAUGACGUCAGCAGUUGAGUUAAUGACCAUAUAAAACUACUCUAAAAUGACCGAGUAACAAUCGAAAAUUGUUUGAAAUAUUUUUAAUCAUUUCUAAAUUUCAGACAGCAACCAGAAACGAAGUUUUGGACUCAUAUUAAUCGCUUACUCUCAAGAUGAUAUAUCCUCAAUAAUCCAAAAUGGCGAACAGCUUGCUUUUUUCAGUCGAAAUAUUUUGAAAGCUAAGCAAGAUAUAAACAAUCUGUUAUAGAGUUUAAUAUAUAGUUUUAAGAGUUGUUUCAAAUGAAGUAAACUAAUUAUUUAUUGCAAAAGUCCUUUAAAGUGGUUCUUUUAAUUUUAAAUUCGUUUACACUGCACUGUUUUUGUCAUGAAAUACAACUGUUGUGUGAAUCUUGUUUGAUUUUUAUUUCGUCACUAUAUAACAAAACACUUAAUGUCUGUUGUCUCGGGAAAUAGUUAGUUUUCUCAAUGUUUCCCAUGUAUAUUAUAUUACUCGCUUAAUAAACCAUUUCUUCUCCAGGAGAUGUCUGCUCCAUUCACUAGAAACCCAUAAGUCUAGAACGCCUAUUGGGUAAGUAUGUCUAUUGGAUACCAAACCCUGUGGUCUAUUCGACCUGAGAGAUUUCAAACAAUGGCCCUACAUGGAUUCAUGGUUGUUUCAAACUUUCAGGUGCUGGGUUGAUGUGUGGGAAGCAUUAUCACAGAAAUGCCAGGAUGAGGUAAAAAUUAUUUUAUACUAUAGGGAUGUGCCAGAUACUUUGCCAGAUACCGGAUAGUAGUCCUUGGAUAAGGGACCGGUCAUUAUUUAUGGCGGGGGGUGGCACCGAAGAGAAAAAGGUUGGGUAAACAAAAUUUUGAGUGAGUAAAAGGUUGGGUAAAUGACAAACAAAACAACUCAAGGGUUGGGUAAUAAAAAUUUACUGUCAUUUCCAAAGCAUGACCCACUGAAAUAUUGGAGACUGAAAAGCAAUGUCAACAGUCAUUUGUCAAUACAAUAUGUGAAUCAAUCAGAGUCACUAUCUUGAUCAUAGUUUGACAAAACAAAUUGUGUUCCAAAGAAAGUACAUGUGCAGACAACAUGAAACUUUAGACUGCAGAACAUUUCACAAGCCGUUAUCAAACUCAUGUCACUGAAGUGAUAGAGGACAUGUAUGACAACUGAAUGGUAUCCUUUUGUUAAGUUUUUGGCCAGGGGCGGGUAGUUAUUUUUUAAUUGAUAUUUGAGGUUGGGUAAUCAAAUUUUUGUCUUUUUAAUGGUUGGGUCAGCAAAAUUUUUGACACGGAAAACAUUUCUCUUCAGUGCCACCCUCCGCCAUAAAUAAUGACCUGUCCCUAAUACGUUGGUGCUUGGAUAAAACGUCACUAACUUUUUGUCAUAAAAUAGUCCACUGGCUGUUUGGUACAGUAUCACAAGGAUCGUCAGACAAUAUACAGCAGAGAGCAGUACUACUUAACAUCACAAAAAACUUAACUGUAAUUUCGUUUUCAUGUGUUAUUCCUAUUUUCUUCACCCCUACGUUCAUGAGGAGAACAUUUUUUUGUAAUUUAAUUAUUUGUGGAGCCGAUCAUUAGGGUUCCACCUUGGACGUGUUUAAUAAAUUUGAGUGGUGUUUUGUGAUUUGAAAGUUGGGCAAGUGAUGCUGCCAAUGUGAAAAUGAAACUCUUGCAAAGAUGUUAGAUUACCCCUCUUACACUUACCCCUCUUAUAUGUCUUAGCAUUAAAUAUCUGUACAGUAUGGCAAAAAACACCAUUGUCGCUAUAACUGGCCCUUCUACCGUAGCUGAGCUCUGUGAUUAGCAAGGGUGGGUUGACUACAAAUUUUUUGUAGUUCGCUAUAAAUACAUCUACUUCAAAAAUAUGUAGUCAGCUACAACUACUGCUACUUUUAAAGAAAGGUAGUUCGCUACUGACUACAGCUACUGCUUAAAAAAUGUAGCGAACUAUUUCGCUAUUUCGCUACUCUAUAUUUUUUAGUUUUACUGUAUUUGGAGCAUCUAUUAACUCAGGCUGGAAUGUAACCUACAUUUAUAACAAAUCGAUUUACGAGUAACAACAGUAAACACAAAGCAACAUUUUUGAAAGCACUACCGUGUUCAGGCGUGCAAAUUGACUAUUGAGUAUUGAUUUUAAGCAGACCGUGUCUCAAUAUCAUGCUAUUCUAUCAGGCUACUAACAAUUUUAAAAAGUAGCGAUUAACAAUUCGCUGUUUGAAAAGUAGCCAACUUCUUGGCUACUUUUAGGCAAAAUGUAGUUCGCUAUAAUUACAGCUACUGUUUUAAAAAAAGUAGUCAAAAACUACUGGCUACUUGAAAAUUGUAAUUCGCUACAGUAGCGAACUACAACUACUUCGCUACUACCCACCCUUGGUGAUUAGACAUGAGUCAUAAGGUGGCUUCCAAAGGCGCCCUUAGAAAGCCUUCGACUCGAUCAGGUUGAGCUGCGUCAGCUUAGCUCUCAGCUACAAGUAAAGAUGAUUAUAUAGCAUACCUCUCCUUGCCUGUCUUGAAAAUUUCCAAGAAACGUCCACCAGUUUGUGCCAAAUCUUCUAAUUUCAUCCUUUGGUUUAGGUACUGACAAUCAACUCUGACACACUUUUGGAUGCGCUGGAGAAUCACCUGCGCAAAAACAGGUACAAGAGUCAACAAUUAUUUUUUAGCCAACAUCAAGACCCGAUUCUGGUGGAAAUACUGGGGUAAACGAUCUCAGAGGAAGUGUGCGCCUCCCCACACCUCCCCUCAGAAUCCGGCCUUGGUCAACAUAAUAGUCCGAAUAUCCAAAGAUUGAAACGAUUUAAUUGAUUUGUGAGCUCACGAGAAAAUAAUCGGAAUGCUUUUAUUUGUUAAAUAUCAUGGUUAAAUAUGUAAACAUGUCGAGGUUGUUAUACAGCCAUAAUUUCAAUGAUUGGAUACUGAAUAUAAACUUUACUGUGGGUGAAGAGCGAUCGGAAGGAUUUGAAAUUAGGCUGCGUUCACAGACUGGGUGCCCGGCAAUGGUCCCCGUCACUUUCCAAAUGAAAUUGGUCACGGUGCCCAAGAAAGGGCACUACUUCUAGAGGUGGCACUCAACAACGGCACUGUGCUCAACAUGUUUUGGGAACCAUUUUGAACAUUGAGCACCAGUGCCGGCAACUCAAUCUGAACGUCUUCAAAACUUAGAAUUUUCGAAUAUUGCAAAAUUCCUACUGUGAACACAAAAGACCAGGCUACCAAUAUAAUUGCAUGCCUCUACAUUUUAUUUUCGCGAAGGUCGCCAGCCAAUCCUUGAAAGGUGGCAGGCUUAGGGUCGAGGGGCCACAUCCAACACUUGGCAGUCUGGGGACAAGAAUCGUACAGAUGCUAGAGUUCAAUGAAUUUUUUUAAGCGAACCUUUUCCGUUUCUUUAGGUUUUGUACAGAAUGCAAGCGUAAAGUUUUGAAAGCUUUUGGUAUUUUAACGGGAGAUAUCGAUGCGGAAAAAGUAAAAGGGUAAAUUAUUUCUACUGUAACCGCAAAGAAUUAUGUAGAUCCCCCCUCCCCCAAAUUUCUGGGAACUACUGUAGGUUUCCACUUUCCGAUAUACUUUUUCUACCUCUGUCAAUCAUAACGGAGGCAAUUUUCGGCUUUCGGAAAUUUUGCCUAUUAAAUUCCAAUAGCUGUGAAUCUCAUAUACGUUAUAGAUACUGUCCAAGUUUAUACGAAGGAUUGACAAAAUGUCCUCUACAUAAACAUGUCCAUGUGCCUGGCGAUGUGGAAUUUUUGACGGUGCUUUUAGAAAAAGCAGAACAUGAAUUAUCUGGGAUGUAAGUAUAAAUACUUCGUGUGUUAUUGUCGAUUUCGGCUCGAUUUUGUUGUGAAUAUUCCCAAUAAAUUACGUUUCUAAAUUUGGAAUGUUGGCGUUGAAUUUAAUAUGGAAAUUAUUUGCGAAGUUGGCUUUGCAAAUUCCACGUCCAAUAUUCCAAAUUUAGAAACUCAGCGGUGUAUGUAACUCAUAGCCUAUCAAAGGGUAGAUUGGCUAUGAAACUCAUUAGAAUAACAAUAUAACUCAUUAUCUAUGUUAGUCAACGUUUAUUCAUAAAUCUGGUUCUUUCACCGUCACGUGUGUAUUGUAUUUUUGCCAAAUCCACUAAUAGCAUAGCGAUUUCCAAUUUACCCGAAGGAUGGUCGGUUUAUGAGUAAACGUUGACUAAAACAUAGAUGUAUGAUGAGUUAUAUUGUUAUUCUAAUGAGUGGAUAAUUGUUGACGAACAGGUGUACUAUUUUAGGAGACGAGAAAGACAUGCAAAGUCCAUGGAUACAGCCCAAGAAGAGGUAUGUGGAGAAUUUUGCCCAGGGUACUGUAUUACUUCAAUGAUAAUAGAACUAUAUUAGGUUAAAUGAACAACGUUACAAAUAUAUCCGAAUAGAACAGAUGGAAACGGGAAUAG